GGAAACUGGGAAUAUAGACAUGAGAUCCUAGAAGACUUGGAUCCUCAGCUUCAGUCACUCCUGUGGAUACAAAUUCAUGGCAUGAAACAGAAUUUUCUUUAUUGAUAUUAAUUUUCACUUGCACAUAUUUUUUUUUCCCCCCCUGUGGAAGUAUGCUUAUGAUGAAACCCCUGACUGCAGCUUUCCAAUUCAUGAGCAGAUUAGAAGUCUGGGGCUAUAGAAUUUCAGAUGACAGUAGAAGGAGUAGAAUUUGCUGUAAGUUUCUACGGGGAAUUUUGAUAUCCUCCGAAUGAAUGAAUAAAUUUACAUGUAAUUGUUGAACACGGUGUUAUGCUGCUGGAUUUACAGCAAAAUAUAAGACAUAAGCCCUGACCCCCAUGGAGCUGGCAGGUAGAUUAGAAAGAGGGCUGCCAACUCAGCUGAGGGAGUAGUGAGCGUACUAUAAAGUUCCACACCUCGUGUCAAGGGCCACAGUCCUGUGUCGGUGGAGUAAGGGAUGACUGUGUCACGAUAACAAAGGGGUAUGAUCUCUGGGGAGGAGAAGGAGAGAGUGGGUGGGACAGAGCUCCCACUCUGGCUGAGGGAAGGGAAGAAAGACAAGCUCAGCCCUUUUGUGACCUCAGGGCGCAGAUCUUAGCUAAUUAGACCACAUCCACCACCAGCUGGAAUAAUUAAACCAUCACUUGUACAGAGCUUGCGUCUACCUCCCGGAACAUGUUCUAAAUGCUAAUGUGUUUCCUGCUACAGCGGAGCCACUGGGUCUGAAAGUCUUUAGCGAACACCUCGUUUGCCCUAUGGAACCAUUUCACUGGCCCCGCCGUAAAUGAGACUCUUCUCAGGUUCAUCUGGUUCCCUGGUUUCACCAAGGGAAGCUUUCUGUGGGAGGUGUUCCCUUCCCAAACUCGCCCAGGGCCCAGGUGAGCUGAGUCAGGGACUCGGCAUGGACACAAGAGGGCAGCAAAUAACACCAGACUCCUCAAAGCCAGCAAACACAUUUUUUGGCAGUCCUCUUUCUGACUUGGUUGCAGAGAAGCUCUAGCAUCCCAAAGCAAGCAAGCCAUUUCUUGAUGCCUGCUAGGUAUGAGACAUCUGAUAAAAGGUUCACCGGUAACGUCAGGUUACUAUGGUGUCAGAAGAUCUUUCCUCUCUGACUCGGAUUUCCACAACACGAAACAGUUUGCAAACGACAUCUGCACCUCACCGGCGAAGCCCUUUCCCUGUGAGUCCCCCGCAGGGCAGAGCCACCCGGCCCUCCUGGAUUCCUACUUCCCGGAGCCCUACGCAGACCACCGGCCCCCGCCCGGCCUGACCCCCAGCACCGGCUCUCUGUUCAGCACCUCGCCCCUGCCGCCGCUCCUGCCUCCACCCUUCCCUGGGGACCCCACGCACUUCGUGCUUAGGGACUCAUGGGAGCAAACGGUGCCCGAUGGUCUCAGCCAGGCAGAUCCCGUGCCCGCCGAUACCCCGCAGACCUUGCCGCCCAGCACAGGAUGUCUCUCCCAGCUGGAGUCUGGGACCAGCACUCAGCACAGGAGCUCCAGCUGGGGGGCCCCCCUAGCUGGGGCUCAGUCCUACUCCCUGCAUGCACUAGAGGAUCUGUAUCAUGUGCCGGGGUACCCCACCCCACCCCCGUAUCCCUUCACCCCUUUCAUGACCAUGUCCAAUGAUCUACCGCACAAGGUGGUGCCCCUCGCCCCAGAGGAGGGGGUAGACGCCCCUUCCCUUCAGGACCCCUCUUCAUGGACCAAAGAAGACGGGAGCAUGGCGUGGGGGUCAUAUGAGUGCCGUAGAGCUUACUGAAGGGAGCACUGAAGGACUUCUGCUGGGCUUUUCUCUGAGUGGGGUUCUGUAUUUCACGGACCAUUUGCAGUGUGGUAGCUUAUUCAUUCAGAACCAGAUUCUCAGAACAGGCCAUCGGGCCACCCUUUGUCAACAGACCACGGGAUUCAUUUGUAAUCCUCCCUACCACAGCCCCAUGAAAUACAACGUACGUUAAUUCGGGACAUCAGACCGUAUUCUAGUGAGACACCUGAGAGCGAUGCCUUUUUGGAACUUUAGUAACACCUUACAUUCUGAAUUUCUGUUAUCUUUGAACUAUCAUGUUAAGCGCUCGUAGUUUUCUUAAAUUACAUUAAAAAGUUUAUGCAGAUGGUGAAAUACA